AUGAGUAAUGAUAAUAUAACUGUUGGACAACACGUUUUAAUACGGUUACCGUCAAACGGAUUGAAAAUUGUUCAAAUUCAAGACUCAGGUAUUAUUGGAUUGGGAAAAUUUGGACAUUUUGAAGUUUCUAAUAUACAUGGAUACCCUUUAGGAACUUCAUUUGAAAUAAUAGGAGACAAUGGAGUUCGAGUGAUCAAAAGUCUAACGGAUCAAACCAACAAUGUAAAUCAAGAAAUUGAAGAAAGUGAAGAAGUUCAAAAAACUGUUUUAACCCAGAUGUUCAGUAACAGUGCCGAAAACAAUCAAAACAUAAUCGAUAUUGGAUCCAAAAUUCAAUCUUUGACGAAGGAAGAUGUAGAUGAAUUAAAAAAAUCCGGAGCUUCAUCAGACAUAGGUCAACUAAUCAUCGAUAAAAUGAUUGCAGGUCAUGAAGGAUUUGAUAAAAAGACUAUUUUUUCACAACAAAAAUAUUUGAAAAGAAAGCAACAAAAGUUUUUGAGAAGGUUUACCGUGGAACCACUAACAUCAUCAAAUCUACUAGAAUAUUAUGUUGACAAAGAUCCUUCAAAAAUGUUGAACCUAAGUGUAGAUACUUUGGGAUUAAUCAUGACAUACGGUAACGUAAGACCUGGUGGAAAUUAUUUAGUGAUUGAUGAAACAGGAGGGGUUUUGGUGUAUGCAAUGCUCGAACGAAUGAAUCAACAAGGAUCUAUUAUUGUUUUGCAUGAAAAUGAGCAUGCCAAUUUGGUUGCUUUGAAAUAUUUAAAAGCUCUGGAAGAAAAUCUAAAUAAAGUUGUAAGGCCGGUAAAUUGGUUGCAAUUUGCCGAACCAGAGAAUGAAAAGAUAGAUUGGAAAGAUGAAGAUACCACAGUGAUGAAACCCAAAUACGUAGAGCACUACCUUAGGAAAAAACAGAAAGCAGCUAAUAUAAAUACAGUACUUGAUAUGGUUGUAAAAGGUAACUUUGAUGGAUUUAUUUCAAUGUCAACAUUAUAUAUACCUGACGUUUUGGAAUACAUAAUACCGAAAAUUGGAGGGUCAAGGCCAAUUGUUAUAUAUAAUCAAUACAAAGAGCUUUUGGCGGAGGUGCAACAAUUAUUCACAAAUGAUCGUAGGGUUCUAGCGUCGUCAAUACUUGAAACAAGAGUGAGACCUUAUCAAACUAUACCAGGAAGAAUGCAUCCUAUAAUGACGAUGAAAAGUUUAGGUGGAUAUGUACUAUGGGGUACUAAGGUUAUACCUGACGACUCAGUUCAAGCUCUUGGAAAAGGAGUUAAACGAAAGAGAGAAGAUUCAGAACAACCAAUUGAACCUCAGGUUGAAACAAAUUCUGUUGCAGUUAAGAUAGAGACAUAA